AUGGCGUCAUCCUCUUCUAUUCCAAAUAUCGACAAUCCCACUCCUAGACAAAACCACUUCAUUGAUGAGCUGAUCAAAACUCAGACGAAAGCUUUAGAAGCUGUAUCGAUCACGGAUCCAGUACUAGAUUGUUCUGUCGCUGAAGUUGUACCAGACGACGACGACUCGACUGUUGAAAUACUGCUAGACGACGACGACGACGAUGACGAGUCGGAUGUUGACACUGAAACGCAGAGGACUGAUGAGAAAAAGGUGUCAGGAAAGGGUGGUGAUGAUUCCAAAACUGCGCAAUACGUGAGACUAACAAAAAAGGAAAGGGAAGCCCUUCAUUGGGUCACUAUGGAGUACGGGGCGGCCAGAGAUCGACUUGCUCCAGGUCGCAGCAGACUUGCAAAAGGCGCAAUGGACCUCCUCAAAGAGCAAGCAAGAUCCAAGUUCAAUCUGCCUCCGCAAUGGAAUCCGAGCAACGAAACCGUAUGGUCGAAACUCAAGCGAAGACUGCAGUACAGUAUCCCCCUUCUGUAG